AUGAAGUUCACUCUGAGCCUGGGGUCGCGGGCGUGGAGAAUAUCCUGGGAGCGACCGGCAGCAGCUGGGGCAGGCAGGAGGGCGAGCGGCGACGCGCUCGGCGGCGUUGCGCGGCGCGUCUCCAGCCCGCGCCCAGGCCGCCGCAGCUCUCGCCUCGCGCGCGCCCUCCCUCUAUGCCUCUCCAGCGGCUUCGGCGCCCGAACUUUCCCGGACUGCGCUGGGCCCAGCCCCCGCCGUCCCGGCGCCAGGCAGCCGGCUGGCUCGCGCGCCAUGGAGCAGACGUACGGCGAGGUGAACCAGUUGGGCGGUGUGUUUGUCAACGGCCGCCCCCUGCCCAACGCCAUUCGUUUACGCAUCGUGGAACUGGCUCAGCUAGGCAUCCGACCCUGUGACAUCAGCCGGCAGCUGCGCGUGUCCCACGGCUGCGUGAGCAAGAUCCUGGCGCGCUACAAUGAGACCGGCUCCAUCCUGCCCGGAGCCAUCGGGGGCAGCAAACCCCGAGUUACCACCCCCAAUGUGGUCAAGCACAUCCGGGACUACAAGCAAGGAGACCCUGGCAUCUUUGCCUGGGAGAUCCGCGACCGGCUGCUGGCCGACGGCGUUUGCGACAAGUACAACGUGCCCUCGGUGAGUUCCAUUAGCCGCAUCCUGCGAAACAAGAUCGGCAGUCUGGCGCAGACCGGGCCUUACGAGGCGAGCAAGCAACCGCCGCCGCAGCCCGCGCUGCCCUACAACCACAUCUACCAGUAUCCCUAUCCCAGCCCCGUGUCGCCCACGGGAACCAAAAUGGGCAGUCACCCGGGAGUACCUGGCUCCGCAGGCCACGUCAGCAUUCCCCGCUCCUGGCCGUCGGCGCACUCGGUCAGCAACAUCUUGGGCAUCCGCACAUUUAUGGAGCAAACAGGGGCCCUGGCUGGGAGCGAAGGUGCCACUUAUUCCCCCAAGAUGGAAGACUGGGCCAGCGUGAAUCGAACCACAUUUUCUGCCACCCAAGCAGUGAAUGGGCUUGAGAAAACCGCCUUGGAGGUGGAUAUUAAAUACCCUCAGUCAACCACGAGCCUCUCAGCAGUGGGGAGCUUCCUCCCGGCCUGUGCCUACCCUGCCUCCAACCAGCACAGUGUGUACAGCGCGCCUGGCAGUGGCUACCUGGCCCCAGGUCCCCCAUGGCCUCCAGCACAGGGUCCCCCAUUGGCACCACCUGGGGCCAGUGUGGCAGUACACGGUGGGGAACUUGCUGCAGCAAUGAUGUUCAAGCAUCCCAGCCGAGAAGCAGCAGACAGGAAGCCGCCUAGCCCCGGCACCAAGGCCCCCGAUGCCCUGGGGAGCAUACACGGACUGCCCAUCCCGGCCUCCAGUUCCUAG